CCAAAUUUUAUCAAGAGAAAAGUAGUCCAUCUACUGUAUCACUAGCCAGUCAACACUGAGGUUGGGAGUUCAAAUCCCGCACAGGGCAGGUGCACUCGAUCUUAAUUGACCAGGAUUGUCAGUUUUCCUACCAAAGGUCGGUAGUUCCCAGGGCACUCCGGCUUCCUCCAUAAAUAAAAACUGAUCGCCAUGAAAUAGUACACAAUAGUGUUGAAAGUGGUGUUAAAACAUCAAUCAAUCAAUCAAUCAAUUUUAUCUAUGCAGAUUUUCAAGAAAUUGCAAUAAUCAAUCUUGCAUUUUUGUCCAUUCUUCAAAAAUCGCAAUAAUAAAUGAACGCAAUAAUUCCUGAAUUUACAGUAACUUGAGUAAGACACCAAGCUUCAACAGGUUAUUUUUAAUACCAUGUGACUUUGGAAGUUCUAAUUCUUCAUUGCUGAAAACUUGUAUCUUUAAAAAUGUAUCAUAUCAUGCACAUAUAUAUGAAAGUUAUGUAAGAUUUUUCUAAGCAACUACAAGUUGUACAGUUUUUAUAUACAGGGUAUAAUUACUGAGCAAUAAAUAGGUUUUAGUUGUUUUUCUUGACUGCCAUUUUGGAGGGGUAAAUGGUUGAAUUUUAUAUUUGAUCAACCAAUUGAAACAUGCUGUACGAUCAAAUCUGAUAAAAGAUACUUACUAGAUUGUAGUGAUGAAUCGAGAUAGAUUAAAAGAAAUUAGAAUUAUUCAGAAAACAACUUUUUCUUUAACAUGUUUAGUCUAGUGGUCAGUUUAAUAAGUGGUUUUGGUUGUUUUGAUAAGGAAUUUGUGCAUAUGGACCUCCAACAUGUCAACAAAAGGGAAGUAACUCUUGCUCAAAUUGUGUCAUUGGAAACCUAUCUGUAGCUCACAUUACAUCUUGUUUACUAUCUUGAGAAUCUGCUGAAGUCUGUUACUCCAUCAUGAGUCGAAUGAAAGUUUAGGUAAAAAUAACUGAGCAUAAUGCAUUCCCCCAAUUCAAAAUAUUUGACCGUAAACUGACCUUGACUUUAUUGUAAUAGUCUAUUUAAAAGUUAUCUUUGUUUAUAAUUUAUCUACUAAAUCUUAAUUGAAAUACUUAAAUGAGUUGAUGGAUCAAAUUUCAUGCUAAAAAUAGCUGUGUGUUUUAUUUAUGACCUUUAAUAAAAACAGGAUAUAGUUGGUCAAUCGAGGUGCGAAGGUAACACAGCUAUUUAUUUUUAAGUUAUAUUAAUGGUUCAUAGAUAAAGCAACAAGUUAAACCAGCAUGAUUUCUAAAAAAUUUAAAAGAUGAUACAUACUAAGAUGUAUAGUGAUUCAGUGUAACCUCUUUUGAGAGUCCUCUUUUCUGAGAUCUAUAGUAAUUCAGUGUAACCUCUUUUGAGAGUCCUCUUUCCUUAGAAACUUUAGCUUACUUAAAACUAAAUAGCACAUAAACCUACAAAAUUAAUAUGGAAUAAACAUCGUUUUUGAAAAACCUCUUCUUUUUGGUUUUUAUUUAUAAUCCUGGAACAGAUUCACAGCAAAAUUUUGCAAUUGAUUGGUGUUUCAAUCUAGCUUUGCAUAUUUCAAUGUGAGGAAAAAGAUAUGUUUCUAUUCUGGAUUUAACAACCUUUGAAGUGGGAGAAUCUUCUAAUACAUAGUUCUGCAUUCAUAAUAUAUUUGAGUCAUUGUCCUAAUGUUAAGAAAUACUAGAAUGCCUCAACAAUACCUUCUCUUCUAGUCUUGAUUAUCAUGAUUAUAUGAAUGACAAUAGUAUAACAUGUACGUAUUAUCUAAACAUUUUUAAAAUUCUUUAUCUAAAAUAUUUCAUGUUUGCGUUUAUUGACAGUUACUGUUACUGACUUCUAUUUUGAUAUUCUUGUGCUAAUUUAGACUCUAAAUGCAGUUCAUGUUUAUAAACAUGCUAUCCUAUAACUAUUAUGGUACAAUUAUUCUCGUUUGAAUUGGCAGUGAAUUACUUCUAAGUUUGAUUUGGACACUAUGGAACAGGAAGGGGCCUAUUAUAGGCAGUCACAGCAGCUACAGGCAGCCUAUGCUAGAUCACACUUAGAGCACAUGUGUAAGCUGGACAUUGACUCUGAGCCACAUGAGGUCAGAAUGAGUGGCAUCAUUUGUACCAUAGGUCCAGCUUGUGUAGCAGUUCCCACUCUACAGAAGAUGAUGAUCGAGGGAAUGAAUAUAGCUCGUCUCAACUUUUCACAUGGAACAUAUGAGUAUCAUGGUCAGACAAUUAAGAACAUCAGAGAGGCUGUUAGUAAGUUCAGUCAUCCCAGACCAGUAGCCAUCGCCCUGGAUACCAAAGGUCCAGAAAUCAGAACAGGAUUACUAAAAGGGGGAGCCAGUGCUGAGGUUUCCUUGAAGACAGGGAACCAGAUUAAAUUGACAACAGAUGAAAAGUAUUAUGAAGAAUGUAGCGUAGAUCUUCUGUAUGUUGAUUACAAAAAUAUAACCAAAGUUAUGGAGGUCGGAGGUCGGAUCUUCAUAGAUGAUGGUCUUAUAUCUGUUGUGGUUAAAGAGAAAGGUGCUGACUGGUUGCUGUGUGAUAUAGAGAAUGGUGGUGACCUUGGCAGUAAAAAAGGGUGUAACUUACCAGGAACACCUGUUGAUUUACCUGCUGUUUCAGAAAAAGACAAAAAGGAUCUUCAGUUUGGUGUGGACCAGGGGGUAGACAUGGUGUUUGCUUCAUUUAUAAGAAGUGCAUCUCAUAUCAAAGAAAUCCGUGAUCUUCUGGGAGACAAGGGAAAACAUAUUAGGAUUAUCGCUAAAAUAGAAAACCAUGAAGGUGUGGCAAAAUUUGAUGAAAUUUUAGAGGCAGUAGAUGGUAUUAUGGUAGCCAGAGGAGAUUUGGGAAUUGAAAUUCCACCAGAAAAAGUUUUCUUAGCACAGAAAAUGAUGAUUGGGAGAUGUAAUAGGGCAGGAAAACCAGUUAUAUGUGCAACUCAGAUGUUAGAAAGUAUGGUUAAGAAACCUCGUCCGACCAGAGCAGAGACAAGUGAUGUAGCCAAUGCUGUCUUAGAUGGAGCUGAUUGUGUCAUGUUGUCAGGGGAGACAGCAAAGGGAGAUUAUCCAUUAGAAGCAGUCCAAAUAAUGCACAAGAUCUGUAGAGAAGCUGAAUCAGCAGUAUUUCACACCCAGUUGUUUGAAGAGUUGAGGAAACACACACCUACACCAACAGAACCUACACACACUGUUGCUAUAGCUGCUGUUGAAGCUUCAUUUAAAUGUAUGGCUGCUGCUAUCAUUGUCAUUACUACUUCUGGAAGAUCUGCUCACUUGAUCUCUGCCUACCGUCCACGUUGUCCUAUACUUGCUAUUACAAGAAAUGCACAGACAGCACGACAGGGUCAUCUUUGGAGAGGCAUAUUCCCAAUACAUUAUAACGAGUCUGUUAUGAGUGAAUGGACGGUAGAUGUGGAUCGUAGAAUCUAUAUGGGUAUCAACGUAGGAAUGCUCAGAGGGUUCAUCAAUCCAGGCAACUCAGUUGUCAUAGUAACAGGCUGGAAACCAGGCUCAGGAUCCACCAAUACAAUGAGAGUUAUUAAUGCCACGGAUACCAGACAGAAGGACAUGUUAGAUCCAAUCACAGGAGUAUCUAGUGUGCCAAGCUUCAAUAAGAUAGCAUCAGGGGACUCUGUGAAGAGUCUGACAAUUUCUGAAGGGAGCUCCAAGUCCAUUGAUGGAGAUGUAAAAUUUUUCUAAUGUUGUAUUCCAAGAACUGAAACUUGUUAAACGGCUACAUGGUUAUGUACAUGGACAUGUUAUUUAUUAACGAGUAGUUUUCUGCGACUGUUUUUUUUUUGCUGAUUUUUAAUGUAUGUUUGUAUUAAAGUCAAGUGACGGUUGGUUAUGUUGAUCAUACACUCCCACUACUAAAUUGUAAUAGCGUAAUACUUCUGUGACUCGUUAAUAUCUCAUGAUCAAGUUUAAUUGUGGAACAUUUGGAAAUGAUAUAAGUUUAAUUUCAAUUUUCUGCAGUAAUGGCUAAUUUUAUUGGUUUGCUUGUAAGAUCCAACUUUGCUGUUUGAUGCAUAUUUUUAGAGGAAUUUAAGGUUAUUAAGAUACUUCACUAGUGAAGAAACAAUCAUUAGUAUAAUUUGGAAGGUUUAUAGUAGUGUCAAUAUACAUGUAUUUAUAAAAUUUGUAAGCUUUAGCCUGCUCAAAUUAUUUUAUUAUUUUUUUAUAAUUAAAAAGGGGGAGGGCUAUAGCAUGCAGAUGUUUUAAAAACUUGAUAUGUGAUUUCUUUUCCAGUAAACAAAUUUUAAUUUGGUGGGCCUUGCUAAUUGAGAUAUUGCAUAAUAUUUAUUUGUAAUUUGAUAUAGAAUCUUGUGGUCAACAAAUUUUUGGCAUGGUUAUUUAAAAGUAUAGUAUAUACUUUUAAUUACCAUUUGUCUUGCUUUUUCUGUAGAAUUCAGGUCAAGAUGAUAUUAAUACUCAAUCACACAAGAGUUACUGCCCCUAAGUAGUGAACAAUGUAAUUGUUUUUGUUAAGCAGCUAUUUUCAUGAAACUAUGAUUUUGAUUGUUGUUAUUAUAAGACUGAUUUCUUAAUUAGUUAUCGUUUUUCUUUUUUCUUUUUCUUUUAGAUGUUUUUUUUGCAACAGGCCUUUGUGCUCCUUUCAUUGGACAUUCCUUGUUUUAUAUUACCACAAGCAAACCUUAUUAAGAAUAUCACAUGAUUACUGAUUGCCCUGUACAAAGUGUAUUACUUUGUUUUGUAUAUUGUUAAGUGUGUCAGUAUAUGGAAACCCCCCCCCCCCCCCAAAAAAAAAUAAACAACCAAAAAAAACCUUUGAAUUACGGUAGGUCAAUUAAUUAUUAUAGAAUAGCCAGUUGAUUUCAUUUACAAAAGAAUAAUGUCUAAAUGGUUCAUGAUUUUUAUAGUUGUAAAACUUAAUUAAUUUAUAUUGUUGUUUGCAAACUUUUUGUUAAACUUAGUAAGGACUUAUAUGUAAGAACACUUUUAAAGUGGUGGUUUGUUUUUAUGGCUUAAAUCAUGCCUGAAAAUAGUGCUAUAAAUUAUCUCCACAUUUUUAUAUUAUAUGUUGUAUUAGAAAAUAAAGUGCUAUUUGUUAUUA